AUGCCCUCCUCCGAAACCGAAAGCCCGGCGCUGCCAUCCACCGAGAUCUCAGCUGCCGUUUCUCCGCCUCCCUUGGCGCUUCCUCCCGCUGGCCAAGAUGGUCGAGAUGCACAGCGCGCGGUCGCCGGCGAGAUCGAUCCAGACACCACAGUGGUGGGUGGCGCCGCUGCUCCGAUACCAAUUCCUUCUACAGAGCAACGACCAUCCAAACAGGCCGUCUCGCAGCGUCACCCAUCCAACACCUUUUACCGCUCGUGCGAGAUUUCCUUCAUGGAGCCCGUCGGUUCCAUGUCCAUCGGCCCUGCCAAUCGCGAUGUCGUCCUGGCUGCACGCAAAGGUCUCUUUAUCAUCGACCUCGAAGAUCCGUUUGCCCCACCUCGCUUCUUGGCCCAUAUGACCACGUGGGAAGCUGUUGAUAUUCAAUGGUCGCCGCACCCGGCACGAAGCAACUGGGUCGCCAGCACCUCGAACCAGAAGCUGCUCAUCUGGAACCUCGACAGGCCGGGAGAUCCACGUGCUGCCCCGCCACUCACCCGCAUGAUGCAUCGAGGUUCCAUCCACAGCAGCUCCAGCCCCGUCAUGCACACCAAUCCGCACUUUGCCACUCAACGUAGCAGCGCCUACCAGAGCAUCUAUAACAGCCAGAGCUUGCACUCUGGUCUCACUGCAGGCACACGCAGUGGAUUUGGCGCCAUCUCUGCCACCUCUACUUUUGGUGACACGGCCAUGUCGACUGCAUCGCAGCUACAACUGGCUGCCCCGAGAUCGUCUGCCAUCGAGCAUGUCUUGCACGCUCAUACGAGAGCCAUUACGGAUAUCAAUUGGUCGCCAUUUCAUCCCGAGAUCGUUGCAUCGAGCUCCAUCGAUACCUGGACGUGGGUUUGGGAUCUGCGCAUGAGUGGCGGGUCGGAUGGAAGUGCCAGGCAAAAGCCAGCGCAAGGGUAUUCGGCGUGGAAUGCGGCGGUGACGCAGGUCAAGUUCAACAGAGCCAGCGAGCAUCGCCUUGCUUCCACCUGCGACAACAAGGUGCUUAUCUGGGAUGACCGUAAAGGCUCUCUUCCGCUUGCUACUAUCGAGGCGCACGAGAACAAGAUCUACGGCAUCGACUGGAGCAGAGACACCAGCCUUGGCUUGGACAGGCUCGUCACUUGCUCGCUCGAUCGCACCGUCAAAUUCUGGGAUCUUGCUUCAGACACUUCGCAGGCCGCCAUCGGUGCUAGGGAGCUUGUGACCGAGGCGGAAUCGAUGAUCGAGACGCGCACUCCCAUUUGGCGAGCCCGUCAUCUUCCUUUCGGCAACGGUGUCAUGACUAUGCCUCAGCGCGGCGACACGACGUUGAGCAUGUGGGCUAAAGAUGAGCCAGAGGAGCCGAAAGCGACGUUUGCCGGUCAUACAGACAUUGUCAAGGAGUAUCUCUUUCGUACUAAGGGUGGACAGGACAGGGGUAGCGAUGAUCGUCAAUUCCAGCUCAUCACCUGGUCUAAGGAUCAGACGCUACGGCUCUGGCCUGUCAGUGACGAGCAGAUGCGGAAAGUGGGACACAAGCCAGGUGGAGCGAUUCGGGUGCUGCUCACUCGAGCCAAUGCACCCGAUAUUUCCUACCGCGAUCCUCCUCUGGCUCUUCCUCCCGGUGGCGAGGAUGCGGCUAUGCUUGCGAGCCAAGCGUCGGGCAGCAACAUCACCAGCUCCUCCAUUCUUCCGCCCGAGCGUGCGACGAGGUCUCUCCUAAGCGGCAAAGGCAGUGGCAGCAAAAUCCAGACCACUUCUCCUUACAGCUCGUCCAUGUCCGGCUUCCAGAGCGUCAUCCGCGACGGCCGAACCAGCCCACUCGCACCAUUCGGUAGCAGUCAGGGUCGAAGGAGCCUCAAUCACAGUUCGAGCCAUGGCGAUCUAGGCGCUGGUCUCAACCAGCUCUCUCGAAGUCCUUUGCAGACACUCCCGCGGUCUUGGGGGCGUGUCGAGGCACAGCAGGUGGCGGAGAGCGGCAUGGGCCGGCUUCAGGCUGGACAAUUGGCACGCUCGUUACCCAAGCAAGCGGGGGAAGAGCACAUUAGUCGAUUUGGAACGUCGCAUCACAGUUCCAAGUAUGGCGGUGGCAGUGCGUCUCAGCAUAGUGGCGGUGGGCAGUCGUCGUUCAAGGUGCCUGCGAAUCUGCGGGGAAAGCACGUCCCCGGGGCUGCUGCGUCGACUAAGCAGAAACCGUCGAAUCAGGGUCGCUCGGGAAUACGUCCUCUGCCGAUUCAGGAGGAACGAAGUGGAGGUGACAAGCAUUCAAAGAAGCAAAAGGAGCGCAGAGACAGGGACAAGGCGAGAAAGAAGGAGGAAAUGCGCAAGCUCGACAAAGCGGCUAAUUCAAAGAAGCCGGUGGGUGGCGCGAUGAGGCUCGAUCGAGGUCGCGCUGCCGCACCUGCCGUGGAUCCGAUCGAAUGGAUCGCCAAUGUGCGAUUGGAAAAGGAGCUCGACCAUGACGCGAGCUUGUCCGAGGGCCAGACGGGCGGCGAGACGAGUCAAGCGCGCGACUCGGAUGGUCAUAGGCCGUCGCGGUUGGCUACCAGCAAGGGCAAGCGUAUGGGCGGUGUCGCCUUUGGUCGAGAGGGACUCACGACCGAAGACGAUACGGACGCCGAACCUGGCUUCACCCCGCAGCGGCUAGGCGACGAGAUCAUCGGGAUCAAUCGCAAGCUGCCGCGCAUCGUAUUCGAAAAAGUCGAGCUCACGCGUCGCAUGUGUGUGCUCACCAUGUACGGGCCUUGGGCCGAUCACGAACCCGCGUUCCUGCGCAUCAAGAUCAGGUUCCCCUCCGCCUACCCGCGCCGCCCGCCGCAUUUCGAUCUGGAAAAGAGCGCCAACAUCAGUCUCAAGACCCGCGCGUACCUGCUGCGUGGGCUGUCGCGUCUCUCGACCAAAUCGGCGAAAGCCGGGCGAGCGUGUCUCGAGGUGUGUGCGCGGUUUCUGAUCGGUGAGCCGAUCAAGUUGUUGGAUGAUGAUGGUGGGUACAACCAUCAUGAUGAUGAUGAGGAAGGAGGAGAGGUGGAUGUGACGACGAGUAGAGAUGGUGCUACCGCGUCGUCGGAGUCGGAGUCGGAUUCCGAUGCGGAUCAGGGGUUGAUAACGUUCCGGCCUUCGCGCAAGGCGGCGCGGUCGGGAGCUGAGCCUCAGCUGAAGCUCAAGAUGCCAGCUCGAAGGAUGGGUGCGAGCUUUGGACCCAACAACGAGCUCAUGGUAUUUGGCGGGUCUCUCAACCACUAUGUGCAGUCGCGUAAUUCGUCGCGCCAGGCAUCCCAGCAAGCCUCGCGGCAAGCCUCGCGGUCAGCAUCCCAGGCACCCAAAACGGGUGCAGCGGCAGCGAGGAGCAAGUCCGUCUCUGCUCUCUCGCGUGCGCAAUCCAGAACACGUGCGGGCACCGACAGCGAAGACGCGAGCGAGCAGCAGAGCCCCGGAGGACGCCGGGGCAAAGAAGCGGAAGACGUUGACGACGAAUCGCGUUUCCUGCGUUCGUACACUGCGCUGGCGAACGCCAUGUCGUCAUUAGCCCGCUACUCGAGGACGGCAAGCGAAGGUGUUGCGACCGGCUACUCGGUCCGCGAUUCCGACGUGGUGCAGCUGAUGAGCACCGACUUUUUCGCGCGCCGCUUGCUGCGCAAACAGGACUUUCUGGAUAUUCUUGGCAACAAUGGCGGAGAGGCCAGCUCGGCGACGGGGAAAGGAGGCGCAGCUACGCCUCUGGGGAAAGACAUCGUCGCGAGGCAGAAAGCGUCGUCCUCGAGGUUUUACAGCGGCAGUGGUGCGUCGACUCCCGGUGCAGGGCGUGUUGGUGCGAUUGCAGGCGAGGGAUCUGGCGAUGAAGGGAGGAUGGGCUCUUCGCAUCAUGUGGAUCUGCUGGGGUCGUUACCCGCGCCGGCUGCGCUGUUGGCCAUAGAUAGGUUGAAGGAGUCGCAGAGACGUAGGCAGAUAGGUCUUGUGACGAUCUAUCAGCUUGUUGAGGAGAAGGAGGGCCAAGAAGAAGCGGCUGAGGCCGCGCUCUUACAGCAACCACAGGCAUAG